UCUUCCUGCUGGCCAUUCCUCUUUUAAUGCAGCCUAGAAUACAGUUGGCCUUCCGAGAUGCAACUGCAUAUUGCAGGCUCAGCUUGAACUGAACUUGGAAGAGGUUGACAAAAAGAACAAGAGCUCAUACCCUCGGGAAGUUUGCAGAUGACAGAUGCAGAUCAGUGGUAUGAGGCUCAGCAAGACCAAGUGCCAGGUCCUGCACCUGAGUCACAACAACCCCCUGCAGAGCUACAAGCCUGGGGCAGAGUGGAUGUUGGAGAACGAUCUGGGGGCAUUAGUCAAGAGCCAUCUGAACGUUUGCCAGCAAUGUGCCCAAAUAGCCAAGACAACCAAAGGCAUCCUGACUUGUGUCAGUAACGGUGUCACAGUAUCGUCAGCAGGACCAAGGAUGUGAUUGUUCCUCUGCACUCGGCAACAGUGAGGCUGCACCUGGAGUACAUGUUCAGUUACGGGCCCUUCACUACAAGACAGACACUGAGGUGCAGAAGCGUGUCCAGGGAAGAGCAAUGAAGCCGGUUAAGGGUCUGAAGCACAGAUCUUAUAGGGAGUGGUUGAAAGAACUGUGUUGUUUAGUCUGGAGACGUUAUUUCUCCCUACUACAACCUGAAGGGAGGUUGUAGCAAGGUGGGGGUUGGCCUGUUCUCCCAGGUAACAGCAACAAGAUGAGAAGGAAAAGCCUUAAGUUGUACCAAGGGAGGUCCAGGUUUGAUACGGGAAAAUUUCUUCUUGAAUGGCCAAGAACAAGAACAAGAACAGCACUGGGACAGGCUGGACUACUCAGGAAAGUGGUGGAGUCACCGUUCCUGGGGUGUUCAAGAAAUGUGUAGAUGUGUCACUUGGGGACAUGGUUUACUGGGCUUGGGGGUGGCAGUUGGGCGGUUGGAUGCAGGGCAACAUAAGACAGGAUGCAGGCAGAAUCCUUGGGAAAUGUAGAGAUCAGCUGGAAGAGAUUAGCUCUACUGGGAAGACAAAUCAGAGGGAUAUGGACCUCAACUGCUGCCAUCUUGGAGGGGCCCUCAUAACAAGAUGGAGGCCUGCGUGAAGAGUGUGGGUAGGCAGCAGGAGGCAGAGUGCCCCAUCCAGGCUCCACCUCAUGGUUCCAGGGGUGGGUGGGCAGCACUGUGAUGUCAGCAUAGCUGAACUCAAUUCUGAGUUCAGAGGGGUGGUUCCACCUCUGCUAUUGCGGCCGUGACCAGCGUUUAGUGAUGGUUGAUGGCAGCUCUCUUUAUCCCUGUUACCCUUAUCCUUCUCUAUGGCCUCAUGUUCCUGGUGGCCGGAAUCUUCCUGCUCACCGUGAUCCGAAACCUACGGGUAGAGGAGAUACGAGGGUGGGGGUGACUUGUGGCUGGGGGACUCAUGGCUGGGUGAGUCGGGGUCAACUAUGUGGGACCCCUCAGGAGCGUAACUGUGCCAUGUCCAUGUGCCUACAGGCUGGCAGACGACGCUUGCGGUGGAGGAGAUGGUGGAGGCGAGCAGUGGCACCAGAACCAGGUGCUGAGAGACAGGCAGCCAAACACAGCAGCUCCCAGUGCAAGCCAUGGUGCCCCUGCAGUAAGGCCAACCAGGAGCUCCAGCAGCUGGUCCUGUCAGGGCUGCCUGGGCACAGGUCUGUGCUGGACCCUGACUUCUGGCAGGCGGCCUGGAGGGACCUGGAGGAACUGGUGAAGCAGAACAGCCUGUCGUGCCACUGUUGCAGCUCCUCUGAGGUUCGAUGCUGUCCCAGAAAAGGCUAUGACCACUCCUUGACUGUGCCUGGCAGUGCACCGACAGAGCCGGUGCCAGUCUGCACCCCUGGAUCCACGUGGAGUGCUGGAGCCCACAAAUCCCUGAGCAUGCAUGUGGCAUGGAAAAGCCUGAAAGUGCACCUGAGGGCCCUGCACGAAUGGCUGUUAUUCUCCCAGCUGCAGGCAAGGAAAAGGCAAUGCUGCUCCGUCCUGCCCAAGCUCAUCAAGCCAGGGCAGACUGAGCCUCUGCUGCAGCACCGUCUGAGCCCCUUGCUGCAGGCCAAGGGUAACUGCACGGCAGGCAACAUUCUUAAGAAGCAAGAGCUGAAACAGUGGGAGGGCCCCAACCCUACUGAGAUCUCCCAGAACCCACUGGUGCCAUGCCUCCCCACUGCUUCUGCUUCCCCAGAGUAUGGGUCUUUCUCAGAAUCUCAUUUUGUUCUCUAUUUCCAGGGCCAGGCUGAGGCCCAGGGGCAUCCCAGGAAGAGACAGCAGCACUACCAGGGCCAGCCCAAGGAGUCAGCAAAGAUUCCUUUGCCUCUGUGCUCGGCACCUAAGGAGACAGAACGUCCAAUGGCUAGAGCAGCACUUCCUGGCCCAGCCGAAGCAGCACGGCUAAAGGACAACAGCAGUCAAAUGGGCGCCUCAGAUCUGCGUGUGGCUGACAUUAAAGCUAUCAGCAGGCAGCACCACAGGGCAGUGCCUGACAACAUCUCAAAACUGCAGCUCAGUCAGGUGACUUGUGGGAAGCUUUCCAUGCACACAGACAGAAAAUGCCUGGAGCUAAAGUUUCAACUCCUCCGUACUUCAGCGCGGAGGCCCACAGAACUGCUGCAAAAUUUACAGCCAACACAGGCUGAGCCAGUCUCCGCACCCAAGAGGAUGUGCCUCCUCCAUCCUGACCAGGACAGGAGACAGCAGCGUGGGGCCAAGGCACCGGGAUCCCGCCUGGUCCCCAUGUACUUCUACAGCUGUGAGGCUCGGUUCCUGACUGAGGAGGAGCGUGAGACCCUGGAGCUGCACAUCCGCUCCAUGAAGCUGAAGCACCUUGGCAACAGCCUCAUUUCAGGCCAUCCGCUGCAGUCAGCAGCGUCCUGGGAGAAGGAGUCCACCAGCACAUACGUGACUGCACCAUCUGAGGCAAGCUGGGCUGAGGCAGGCCCCAAAGGACACAAAUGGUGGUCCUGGUGGAAGAAGUGACCUAGGAGAGCAACUGGAGCACCAAAGCAGAAUGCAGCAGUUCUCCACCUGACAGUGUAACAUUCUGUGAAGCACAACAGAAUACCACCACCUGACGCAGCUCAUCAUUAUAGCCCUGCAGUGACCUUGGCUGUGGCUCCAAGAAAUCGUGCCACUCGCACCAUGCCCGGGAUGCUGCAGCCAUACCAACUGACAAGAAGGUCUACGUAGCCUGGGCAAAGAUGUGCUCGAUGCCCUAAAUGCCAAGGACCUCUGACUCUAAGCCCAUCCAUCUUGCCUGUAAGGAGAGGAAGGGCCAGGUUCAGCAGCACCCCUUCUCUUCAAAAAAAUCUUUAUUUUUUAAAAUAAAUAAGU